CACAUAAUGGCACAGGCAGUAUUGGAGUCCUCAACAGCACAUCGUCUUGAGCCUCUUCUUCUUCUUGCAAAGACUGCAAAGUCGGCUGCUUGUGCAAAAUUGAUUCAGGAUGCCAUUUCUUCUCCUGGUGUAUUUGUCUUUGGAGAGUUGCUAGACAUGUCAAACAUCAAAGAUUUGGCCAACAACGAUCAGUAUAAGCAGUACUAUAUGCUUUUAAAUAUCUUUGCUUAUGGUACAGUUCAAGAUUAUAAAAACGAUCAGGCCAAUCUACCAGAACUCACUCCUCAACAGUUCAAAAAACUACAGCAUCUUACUAUUGCCACAUUAUCCAGCCAAAGUAGAAAUCUCAAAUAUGAUCAACUUCUUGUCGCUCUUGGAAUGUCCAAUGUACGUGAGCUUGAGGAUCUCAUUAUUGAUGCCAUUUAUCAAAAUGUCAUUAGUGGAAAGCUGGAUCAAAAGAAAAGUAUUUUGUCAGUAGAAUACUCUAUGGGACGAGAUGUCAAACCUGAACAAACUGCUCUAGUAUUGAAAACGCUUCAACAAUGGCUUCAAACUUCCAAAGAAAUAUUGUCGCAUACAGAUCGGACUAUUCAGAAUAUUAAAGACGUUACAGUCGCGCGUGAGACUGAUCAUCACAACUAUGCUCAAGCGUUGGAAGAAGCAAAAACUCGCGUUUCUAAAUUGGCAUCUAGCAAUUCUGGCCGUCAUCGUUCUGUAGAAAGUGGCAGUUCAAUUAUAAUGGGUGAUGAUCGGAUCGAUGGGGCUCGUUUUCACGGCAAACGUAAAGGCGCAGAUUCUUCCAAUAGGAGAUAGUUGGAGUGAGAAAUGUCUUUGAAAUCUCUAGCGCAAUAAAGGAGAUUUUGACGACAUGAUUGCCAGAUUAUCAGAUUCGAACUUGAUUAAAAGGUGUCAUGCUUGAAAAUGGAUUAGUUUCUAUCAAGCCAUAUGAGUAUUUAUUCAUGGGACAUGUAUAAAUGGAGACAAGAUCAAAGGGUAAAGAUUGGACAAAUAAAAUAAGAUUGCCAUAUUGACACU